GACACGGCCAGAGCACUGAAAGAUAUCCGGUAUUGAUGUAACUGGAGUGAAUAAGGGAACCUUCUUCCUGAGCACAGACAUUGGAGCCUGUUAUCAGCAUGAACUCAUAUGUGUUAGACAAACACGUGAAUAGUUCAUAUCUAUCCUUCACUACAGGAAGCAUCAGAAUGAUACCGCAAACUCCAAAAAUCUUAGACACUAAUGUUUAUUCACAAACAUUGGGGAUAUCACAGCAGAUAUUUAAAGAUGAUGAUGAAUUGGCAGGAACAGGGAAGCAAUCAUUAUGUACAGAGAGUAAUUUAGUCAUCAAACAAGAGGACAUGUAUGACUUAUCUAGUUCAAUGAUUAUCCCAGAAGAUAAACCACACACAUUUAUUGAGUUUUCAAAAUAUAUUAAAGAAGGGAAAAGUCUACAGUCUAACCAAAUGAUUCAUACAAAGGAGAAACCUUUCAAAUGUACAGAAUGUGAGAAAAGCUUUAGAUGGAAGUCUCAUCUACUAGAACACCACAAAAUUCACACAGGUGAGAAACCACACAUAUGUACUGAGUGCGACAAAUGUUUUACACAAAUUGAUAAUCUGAAAACUCAUAAAAAGAUUCACACAGGAGAAAAGCUUUUCACGUGUACAGGGUGUGGAAAACGUUUUACAGAAAAGAGUAAAAUGAAAAAUCAUGAAAGGAGUCACACAGGAGAAAAGCUUUUCACAUGUACAGAUUGUGGAAAAAGUUUUACAGUGAAGAGUCAUCUGAAAAAGCAUGAAAGGAGUCACACAGGAGAAAAGCCUUUCAUGUGUACAGAUUGUGGGAAAUGUUUUACCGAAAAAAGUAAUCUGAAAAAUCAUGAAAGGAUUCACACAGGGGAAAAACCUUUCACGUGUACAGAGUGUGGAAAAUGUUUUACACAAAUAAAUAAUCUGAAAACUCAUAAAAAGAUUCACACAGGAAAAAAGCCUUUCACAUGUACAGAGUGUGGAAAAUGUUUUACACAAAAGAGUGAACUGAAAUAUCAUGAGAGGAUUCACACAGGAGAAAAGCCUUUCAUAUGUACAGAGUGUGGAAAAAGUUUUACACGAAAGAGUGAUAUGAAAAGUCAUGAAAGGAUUCACACAGGAGAAAAGCCUUUCACAUGUACAGAGUGUGGAAAAAGUUUUACACGAAAGAGUGAUAUGAAAAAUCAUGAAAGGAGUCACACAGGAGAAAAGUAUUUUACAUGUACAGAGUGUGGAAAAAGUUUUACACUAAAGGGUGAUCUGAAAAAGCAUGAAAGGAUUCACACAGGAGAAAAGCCUUUCACGUGUACAGAGUGUGGAAAACGUUUUACACAAAUAAUUAGUCUGAAAUAUCAUGAAAGGAUUCAUACAGGAGAAAAGCCUUUCACAUGUACAGAGUGUGGAAAAAGUUUUACACGAAAGAGUGAUAUGAAAAAUCAUGAAAGGAGUCACACAGGAGAAAAGUCUUUUACAUGUACAGAGUGUGGAAAAUGUUUUACACAAAAGAGUGAACUGAAAUAUCAUGAGAGGAUUCACACAGGAGAAAAGCCUUUCACAUGUACAGAGUGUGGAAAAAGUUAUAUACUAAAGAGUCGUCUGAAAAGUCAUGAAAGGAUUCACACAGGAGAAAAGCCAUUCACAUGUACAGAGUGUGGAAAAAGUUUUACACGAAAGAGUGAUAUGAAAAAUCAUGAAAGAAUUCACACAGGAGAAAAGCCAUUCACAUGUACAGAGUGUGGAAAAAGUUUUACACUAAAGGUUGAUCUGAAAAAGCAUGAAAGGAUUCACACAGGAGAAAAGCCAUUCACAUGUACAGAGUGUGGAAAAAGUUUUACACUAAAGGGUGAUCUGAAAAAGCAUGAAAGGAUUCACACAGGAGAAAAGCCGUUCACAUGUACAGAGUGUGGAAAAAGUUUUACACUAAAGGGUGAUCUGAAAAAGCAUGAAAGGAUUCACACAGGAGAAAAGCCUUUCACAUGUACAGAGUGUGGAAAAAGUUUUACACUAAAGGGUGAUCUGAAAAAGCAUGAAAGGAUUCACACAGGAGAAAAGCCUUUCACAUGUACAGAGUGUGGAAAAAGUUUUACACUAAAAUUGAAGUCUCAUCUACUAGAACACCACAAAAUACACACAGGUGGGAAACCACACACUUGUACUGAGUGCGGCAAAUGUUUUACACGAAAGAGUGAGCUGAAAACUCAUGAAAGAAUUCACACAGCAGAAAAGCCUUUCACAUGUACAGAGUGUGGAAAAAGUUUUACACAUAUGAGUAAUCUGAAAACUCAUGAAAGGAUUCACACAGGAGAAAAGCCUUUCACAUGUAAAGAGUGUGGAAAAUGUUUUACAGAAAAGAGUAAACUUAAAACUCAUGAAAGGAUUCACACAGGGGAAAAGCCUUUCACAUGUACAGAGUGCGGAAAACUUUUUACAGAGAAGAGUGAUCUGAAAAAGCAUGAAAGGAUUCACACAGGAGAAAAGCCUUUCAUAUGUACAGAGUGUGGAAAAAGUUUUACACAUAUGAGUAAUCUGAAAAAGCAUGAAAGGAUUCACACAGGAGAAAAGUCUUUCACAUGUACAGAGUGUGGAAAAAGUUUUACAAAGAAGAGUAAUCUGAAAACUCAUGAAAGGAGUCACACAGGGGAAAAGCCUUUCACAUGUACAGAGUGUGGAAAAAGUUUUAACGAAAAAAGUAAUCUGAAAACUCAUGAAAGGACUCACACAGGAGAAAAGCCUUUCACAUGUACAGAGUGUGGAAAAAGUUUUACAAAGAAGAGUAAUCUGAAAACUCAUGAAAGGAGUCACACAGGGGAAAAGCCUUUCACAUGUACAGAGUGUGGAAAAAGUUUUCCACAUAAGAGUAAUCUGAAAACUCAUGAAAGGAGUCACACAGGAGAAAAGCCUUUCACAUGUAAAGAGUGUGGAAAAAGUUUUACACAAAUAGUUGGUCUGAAAAGUCAUGAAAGGAUUCACACAGGAGAAAAGCCUUUCACAUGUACAGAGUGUGGAAAAAGUUUUACGCUAAAGGGUGAUCUGAAAAAGCAUGAAAGGAUUCACACAGGGGAAAAGCCGUUCACAUGUACAGAGUGUGGAAAAAGUUUUACAGUAAAGAGUGAUCUGAAAAACCAUGAAAGGAUUCACACAGGAGAAAAGCCGUUCACAUGUACAGAGUGUGAAAAAAGUUUUACACAAAUAGAUAGUCUGAAAAGUCAUGAAAGGAUUCACAAGGGAAGAAACCUUUCACAUGUUUAGAAAGUAGGGUUGCCACCUUUUGCCCAGCCGAUUCCCUGACACUUUGCAAAUGGCCGUGGUUGAGGGUGUGGCUAGGGGUGUGGCCUUAAAAUAUAUUUUACUAUUUUUUGGUCUGCCAGUAAAGGAUUGAGUGUUAUAAUGUUUAAUUUAAUACACACACAACAACGAUAGCUAGAUAUAGUCAGAUAUAUACAGUUUGGUAGACAGACUGACAGAAAGGUAUAUACAUAAACGGAUAAAGACAUAUAUAUAUAUACAUUAGUAGAUACAGACAUAUAAACUGAUGGAUAGAAAACAGAUAGGCAUAAAGAGAUAGAUAUAUAUAUAAAUAGAUACAGACUAGUAGAUAGUUACUCAAAUAUAAACAGACCAGUGGUGUCACUAGGGGAGUACAGACCGCACCCGGUUGACACCCUCCAAAAGGUGACACCACCACAUUAAUUUAACAUUCAUUAAUCAUGACACUGUUUUUGUUUUUUACUUUCCUAAUGAUGUGCUGGUGGUGGUGCCUUGCAAGAUAGAAUGGCCAAGGAGUCCUCCAUGCUAAGGCAGAUGCAGGGGGUGUUUAGCACAGAGGCAGGGGCCAGGGCUUCCCUAGCUAAGCAUCAUGCUCGAGAUUAAGUGACGUCAUUAUUGAUGUACGGUGCUGUGCCGCGCACUGGCUUUAACAGUCCUCCAGGCUGUAACACUCAGCCACCCACAGUGCCUCCCCCAUUUGAGGAAUACUAUUACAGCAGAACAGUGGGUGCUAUAGUGGUCCUGAGCAUCUCACUGGAUUAUCUCUACUUGCCAGCUACUGACUGAAGCCCGUUUGUGAUGCACAUAUAUAUAUUUGUGUAUGUAAAUAAAUAUAUAUAACUUGGGUGGGGGUUGACACCAUGAGUUACCACACCGGGUGACACCAAGCCUAGUGACGCCACUGCAACAGACAGAUAUAGAGAGAUAAUAGACAGAUAGAGAGACAGAGAACAAUACAAAUAGACAGAGAUAAAUAAACCGAUAGGUAUACAGAAAGAUGAGCAGAAAGAGUCAUAUAAGGAAGAUUUAAACCGAACUUGAUGACAAAACAUUUUAUAUUAACAAAGAAAUGCAUUAAAAAAUUAUGUAAAUGCUGAGACAUUUUUAUUAGGUGGCCAACAACGAAGUUGCAGGACAACCUAUUGUUAAUGUCAGAAUUAUUAUUUUUAUUAUUCCGCCUAUUUUUCUAUUGUCCAUAACUCUUGAACUGCUAAAGCAAAGCUCUUGAAAUCAGGUAUGCUGGUACAGCCUAUUGCUCUGCUACAUCUCAUGCAAUAUUGAACUCAUAGGUCAUAAGGUUAGGCAGCCAUAUUGUUUUUUACGAAAAAUUUUGAGAAACGCUUAAAAAUCUUCAGCUCUGGAACUGCUAAUGUUACAACUUUGAAACUUGCUGUGCUCAGUGCUGCUAAGACCUAGAAUUUCCAUUGCUCAACAGAAGUGCCUUGGUCACAUGAUGUAGCAGCCAUCUUGCAUUUUGCAAAAAUGUGCACUUUAUGCAUUUGUUUUGUAAUAGUUGCAUGAUUACACAUAGUCAUAACCCUCAAAGACAAUAUUGCAGUUAAAAUUUGCACUGCGCAGUCGCAUUUGUGAAAUAAAAUAUUUGCAAAUGUUCAAGAAACUUCUGCAAAUUGUAGAGAGCAUUAGUAUGUGCAAUUUGAAAGCCAUGCAUUGCAUAGCUUGGCGGCCAUUUAGUUUCGUAUGCGCUUUUUUUAAAACUACAAAAAUCUCUGAAACCGCUUAUAACACGGACUUGAAAUUUUGUUUAUAGAUUUAUCGUAUGACUAAAAUUCAGAUUUGUUCAAAAGAUGUUGAUAGGUCAUGUGGUUUGGCAGCCAUUUUGAAUUGUUAAAAAAUGCUUAACAAUAUUUUUAAUUAAUAAUAAAAAAAGUUUUACAAAAAUGCUUUAUUUUUGCCAUGUUUAUUGACAUCUAUGGUGAAAACUAAUGUGCAUAAUAUGGAGACUGUAUAUCAUAUGAUGUGGCAGCCAUUUUGUUUUAUACAAUAAUUUCGAAAACCUAUUUUCUCUGCAACCGCUUAUGCUAGAACUGUGAAACUUGCUGUAUAACCUUAUAUUGUGGCCUACAGUCACAGUUGUUCUUGUUGAAGGAAUUGGUCACAAACUGUGGCAGCCAUAUUGGUUUAUGCGAAAAUGUCGAAAAUGUGUUUUCUUUGCAACCGCUUAUGUUAAAACACAUCACAAACCACAUCACAAAACACCAAUUAUUUACACACAAACUUUAUAUACACAGUGUACAAACCUUUUUACAAUUAUCCUAAAGAGGACAAACUCUCUAAAUAGAAGCAUCAAAAAGGAUCCUAUUGUAAAUAAUACUUUUUAAAUCCCAGUUAUAAAAGCCUCAGAUUGGAAGUGCUCUCCUGUUGUCCUUUGUUCCUCUAUAUAUGUGCACCUCAGUUUCUCUCAUAUCAAUGUGAUAGAAUACAAACACCACAAAGGAAUAUACAGAUCUGUCCUCAUACUGACCAGUUUACACAGCCAUUCACCACCAAAGCACCCCAGUGUUGUUUAUUAAUAUGCCAGUGUUAGGAGUUGUACGUUUGUUUUAUAUAGGGGAGGAAAUAAUUACAUUUACAGAAUAAAGGAGUCUUUAUAUGAAUAGAGUGUUAAAGAAUUAUAUAAACAAGAACAUCAGUCUCAAAUGAUUGACAUCUGGGAGAUAUAUUUAAUUUGCACAUCAUGUGGAUAAACCUUUUCUUAUAGCAAUAGAUGCUUAGCAUUGUACAUGUUAUAUACCAGAGGAAUUACUGAGGGGGAACUGAUUUUAUUUAAUGAGACACAAUAUCAGUAACCGGUACAUACGUGAUCAUAAUCAGUUUAAUUUAAAUGGCUACUAUAACCUACAUGUAUACUGGGUAUGUAAUAUGUGUGUCAUGUGAUCAUAAACAGUUUAAUUUAAAUGGCUAUUUUAACCUACAUGUAUACUGGGUAUGUAAUAUGUGUGUCAUGUGAUCAUAAUCAGUUUAAUUUAAAUGGCUACUAUAACCUACAUGUAUACUGAGUAUGUAAUAUGUGUGUCAUGUGAUCAUAAUCAGUUUAAUUUAAAUGGCUACUAUAACCUACAUGUAUACUGGGUAUGUAAUAUGUGUGUCAUGUGAUCAUAAUCAGUAUAAUUUAGAUGGCUACUAUAACCUACAUGUAUACUGGGUAUGUAAUAUGUGAGUCAUGUUCUGUAACUUGAUAUUAUGUCUGUUAGAUGUUUUCAUGUUAGUUAGAAGCCACAAGAACUGAUAAUAGCACAUACUGUAUAUAUAAAGGGAACAUUAUAUGUCUGAUAAAUCCCUUUGUAUCAAGAGCACAAGUGUUAGGUAUAUUUAUACCAUGUGUGCAUAUAUCAUGUAAUGCUGCUGUUUACUAUAUAAUGAUAUACAAUGUUUUUUCAUGCAAAUAAAAAGUGAUUGUAAUCCA